AUGCGAGUAUCCAACUUUCUGGCAUUCCUGCCUAUGGUCCUUGCGAACCCUUUGGUCCAGACGAAGCGCACGACAGCAUGCAACAACUCUCCUGAUCUCUGCUCCAAGUCCUAUGGAGAAAUUACACAUCUGGGCGCCCACGAUAGUCCUUUUGUGCGUGACUCCGAUACUGGCAACUCGCUAGCUGCCAACCAGUACUACGACACUCCAACACAACUAUCGGCGGGUGUCCGUUUAGUAACAGCCCAAGUCCACAAGAGCAACUCACAAUGGCGCCUAUGCCAUUCCAGCUGCGACCUGCUAGAUGCGGGGUUGCUGAGCGAUUGGCUGAAGGACAUCAAGACGUGGUUGGAUGAUAAUCCCAACGAGGUGAUCACAAUCCUCCUAGUCAACUCCGACGACGCCACAGCCUCCGAGCUCAACACCCAAUUCACAACAGCCAAUAUUACCGACUACGCUUACGAGCCGACAUCCCCAGGCACCGCCCCGACCACCUGGCCAACCCUCCAAACCAUGAUCGACGACGGCAAGCGCCUCGUCGUCUUCGUGGCCUCACUAGACACCAGCACCACCUACCCCUACCUGAUGGAUGAAUGGAGCUACAUCUGGGAGAAUCCAUACGACGUAUCCUCCCCGUCGAACUUCUCAUGCGAGGUGGACCGACCGUCGGCAUACAAAGACAACAGCGCAUCGGCACUAGCAGCCAAUUUUCUCCCAUUGAUGAAUCACUUUCUGUACUCGAGCAGCCUCGCGAUACUGGACGUUGAGUACCCGAACUCCAGCUAUGUGGCCACGACGAACGCCGCGUCCGGCGGAACGGGCAACCUGGGCACUGCGGCGACAACUUGCAAGGAGGCGUGGAGUGGGCGACAGCCGACCUAUAUCUUGGUGGACUUCUUCAACCGUGGUCCGGCGAUCGAUACUGUCGAUACCUUGAAUAAUGUCACCAAUGCGGUUGGCCGCACGUCUGUCUCGACUUCGGCGGAUUCGACUAGUGAUGCCUCGUCUACUAGUAAUGUGUUCAAGGCGCUGGUUAAGCUUGCGGAAUCGGCGAAGUCGGGCACGUCGGUGUCUAUGGGAAAUUGGAUUUGGACUGGUGGGAACUGGGGUAAUCUUCUCGGUGGGGGAAUUUCCUUCUGA